GUGUGUAGUUGCCCGCGACUGGGAGCCUAAGUGAAGAGGUAGUCCUUAUUCGGUGGAACUCAACUGUAGCCAUGGGUUCCUCCUGGGGCCAGCCCUAGAGUCCGGAGCAGACGUGUUCUCCGGUUCCGCGCCCUGCCGAGUGGCGUGGCCCACUAGGCCUCUGGGCAUCCCCGGUCUCCAGUAGGCCUCAUCUGCCGGCAAGGGCGCACCAAAGGCGGGAGGCGCCAUGUCGCUGGUUGCUUACGCCAGCAGCGAUGAGAGUGAGCCAGAUGAGGCUGAGCCGGAGCCAGAGGAAGAGGAGGCGCCGACCCCCACACCCGGGCCCACUGUAGGGGGCUUGUUCGCUUCUCUACCUGCACCCAAGGGUCCGGCCUUGCUGCCCCCGCCUCCCCAGAUGCUGGCCCCAGCCUUUCCUCCGCCGCUGUUGCUGCCCCCACCCACAGGAGACCCCCGCCUUCAGCCUCCUCCACCUUUGCCCUUCGGCCUGGGCGGCUUCCCUCCACCUCCAGGCGUGAGCCCAGCAGAGGUGGCGGGAGUUGGGGAGGGACUGGGAUUGGGGUUGCCCUCGCCCCGAGGCCCUGGCCUUAGUUUGCCCCCACCUAUCGGUGGUGCCGGGCCCCCCCUGGGGCUUCCCAAGCCAAAGAAGAGGACAGAACCCGUGAAGAUCGCGGCACCGGAGCUGCACAAGGGGGAUUCAGACUCGGAGGAAGAUGAGCCCACAAGGAAGAAGGCCGCCCUUCAGGGAUCCGGCGAGGGGACUGGUUUGUCUGCCUUGCUCCCCCAACCUAAAAACCUGGCUGUGAAAGAGACUAACAGGUUGCUCCUGCCCCACGCCUUCUCGCGGAAGCCCUCCGACGGCUCGUCUGACAGUGCGCCCUCCAGGCUGGCUCCUAAGACCAAGCCCUCCUCUCUCGCCCCUGUCGUGGGCACCACAACCACCACUCCGUCGCCCUCUGCCAUCAAGGCUGCUGCCAAGAGCGCCGCCCUGCAGGUGACAAAGCAGAUCACACAGGAGGAUGACGACAGCGACGAGGAAGUAGCCCCCGAGAACUUCUUCUCCCUCCCUGAACAGGCUGAGCCGCCUGGCGUGGAGCCCUACCCUUACCCGCUGCCCCCUGUCCCCGAGGAGCUGCCGCCGGGCACCGAGCCGGAACCCGCCUUCCAGGAUGACGCAGCCAAUGCCCCCCUUGAGUUUAAGAUGGCAGCAGGCUCAAGUGGGGCCCCUUGGAUGCCUAAGCCCGGGGACGACUACAGCUACAGUCAGUUUUCCACCUACGGUGAUGCCAAUGCUGCUGGUGCUUACUAUCAGGAUUAUUACAGUGGUGGCUACUACCCCGCCCAGGAUCCGGCCCUGCUCCCUCCACAGGAAAUUGCCCCGGAUGCCUCCUUCAUCGAUGACGAAGCAUUUAAGCGACUGCAGGGCAAGCGGAACCGAGGAAGGGAGGAGAUCAACUUUGUGGAGAUCAAAGGUGAUGACCAGCUCAGUGGGGCCCAGCAGUGGAUGACCAAGUCUUUGACAGAAGAGAAAACCAUGAAGUCGUUCAGCAAAAAGAAAGGUGAGCAGCCAACAGGCCAGCAGCGGCGGAAACACCAGAUCACGUAUCUGAUUCACCAGGCGAAGGAGCGCGAGCUGGAGCUGAAGAACACGUGGUCAGAGAACAAGCUCAGCCGCCGCCAGACCCAAGCCAAAUACGGAUUCUAGGGCCCGGACCGGAUCUCUGCAGGACCACCAGCCGGCCCGGAGCCCCAGCCUUGCUUCUGGGCCCCAGCUGCUCCCAGCCCGGGAUCUCUCCCCGAGGACCCAGCCCUCGCCUCUGCGAGAAGGAACCUCUUUGAUAGAUUUUUUCUUAACAAGCUAGGAAACUCGCUCCUGCUUUCUGUGUAGGAGCUCGCACAGACUCACGCGGACGCCUCAGAAGGGGCCCCCAGUGGAUGGGGGCUUUGCUCCCUGGUGGAUGUGAUGACAUGUGGACCCCCUCUCCUCCCCCCUUUUUUUUUUUAAGCCAGGGAUAUCUGUUGAAAUAAAACCUCCAGUCUGACAGA